AUGGUACUGGUGCAACACACUUGCGGACUGUUCGCCGUGGCCGGAUACCGCUUCAAGAAUUCAAUUUGCGAGGACAAUAGCGUGAAGGGGAAGUAUUUCGACCACUGGACGAAAGAGGCGUACAAGAACGCGUGUUUCUCCAUUCAGGGACAUCAACGUGCUAUAAACUUUGUAAAGGAAAUUGAACGCGGCCAUGACACGUACCUUUUCACCUGCUUAGCCUUGGUGAUUCUAUGCUUCAGUAUUACUCUGAUCAAGCUGAGUACGUCGGAUUUCGACAUAGACUUCUACAGAUAUUGCAGUUUUACGUUGUGUCAACUGAUGCACCUGUUCGUUAUCAUGCUUCAGGGACAGUUCGUGCUGGAUUCGUGCGAGAGAAUUCACGAGGCGAUGUGA